CAGAAGGGACCUAUUAGAUCAUUGAGUGUGACCCCCUGCUCUGGGCAGGAAAGAGCACUGGGAUCAAGUAACCCCUGUCAGGUGCUUGUCUAAUCUUCUUUUGAACACCUCCAAGGUAGGGGAAAGCACCACCACCGCUGGAAGCCCAUUCCAUAUUUUGGCAACCCUCACUGUAAAUAAUUUCUUCCUGAUGUCCAAUCUAAAUCUACUCUCCUUCAGUUUAUGGCUGUUCUUUCUAGUAACUCCAAGGGGUGCCCUGGUAAACAUAGUAUCCCCUAUUCCCUACUGACCCCCCUAUGAUGAGUUUGUAGAAAGCCACAAAAUCACCUCUCAGCCAUGAGGUCUAGAUAGAACAACAAAGUUCUCUACAUAGAUAUCUGCUUACUCAUAAAAGGAGAAGUAAACUUCCUUCAUGUUGGUGUUUAUUCAUCUAUUUACAUGUUUGUUUAAUCUUUCAUUCAUUCCUUCUUCUAGAUCCAAGUUUUGGUGAACAAAUGACCAUGGAGAACCAAACAACUGUAAGCUAUUUUGUUCUGUCAGGUGUUUCCAAUAACCCACAGCUCCAGCCUUUCCUUUUUUGGGUGUUUCUACUUAUAUACCUACUAACUGUGCUAGGGAAUGGGGUGAUCAUGGUGGUGAUAAGAGCUGAUCCUCACCUUCACACCCCUAUGUAUUUUUUCUUAUUCCAUUUAUCGUUCCUGGACAUCUGUUCUUCUUCGGUCACUGUCCCAAAGAUGCUGCAGAAUUUCAUGGCAGAUGAGAAAACCAUUUCUUUCCCUGGUUGCAUUACCCAGAUGAGCUUAAUUCUUCUGGUGUCCUGUACAGAAAUUUUCAUUUUAUCAGCAAUGGCCUAUGAUAGAUAUGCUGCCAUCUGUGACCCACUGCAUUAUGUGAGGACCAUGAAUAAACAGGUCUGCAUAAGAUUUGUGGGUGGUGCAUGGUUGAUCAGUAUAUUUCAUGCACUGACAAACACAGAUCCUGUGUUACAUUUAAAUUUCUGUGGGCCCAAGGACGUGAACAAUUUCAGUUGUGAACUCCCAUCUCUACUAGAAGUGUCCUGCACUGAGACCUUCAUCAGUAAAAUGACAUUUCUCACUUCAGUUAUGCUUUUGAGUCUGACUGCAUUCUGCAUCACUCUUGUCUCAUACAUCUGCAUCAUCUCCACAAUUCUAAGGAUACGCUCUGCUGAAGGCAGAGUUAGAGCCUUCUCUACCUGCAGCUCCCACCUCACUGUGGUUGUUUUGUAUUAUGGGGCUGGUUUAUUUCGAUAUCUGAGACCCAGUUCUGCCUCUUCAGUGGUUACUGACAGACUCUUCUCCAUCCAGUACAGUAUCUUAACUCCCAUGUUAAAUCCAAUCAUCUAUAGCUUGAGAAACAAGGAGGUAAAGGCAGCUCUGGGGAAUAUACUGGGGAAAUUUCAAAGCAUGUAAAUGCAUUUCAACAUUUGGGAGUACUAAUAAGAUAAUAAGAACUGAGUGUUAAAAUACUGUUAUACCAUGUAAUCAACUGUCAUGGGCUUUUAGACUAUUAAACCAUAAGAAUAUUUGUAUUGUCAUAGCCAAUAUCAAUCCAAUCUGUUGUAAAGGCAAGGUACCAUAGGAGUAGAGAUGCAUGAAAGGCCCGAAUGUUGCUGAAGCAAUCUGUAGUGAUAAGUGCAUGAAAUAGUUCACUUUUUGUUUUCCAAUUUUUGUUCUGGGGAGUGAGAAUGAGUCUAGAGUCUUGUGGCUAGAGCAUUGAUUUGAGAAAUAAAUACGGGUUUCGAUCCCAGCACCAAAUUUGACAUGAAGGGCUUCUGCCUGAGGAAUCAGCCCCUCCUUAGGUGAGUGCUCUAGCUCCAGAACUACUCAUAUGAAACUGGCAUCACCAUCACUUCCUCUUUGAAUUUCCACAAAACAUGAUUUACCUAACUCUAGGAGGGUUUGACAGCUGAAAAUAACAUAUUACAGAAAGUACCAAUGUUUUUUGUUAAACAAUAGAUUUUUUAAAUAAACCCAAACACAAAAGUUAUCUAAAUAGAAAUCCUUCAGAGACUGUAUUGUUUUAUAUGUGUUCCCGUUACUUCAAAUAACAUCUCUGAUUCAAUCUAUAAGGUUUCUCCUUCUUCUGCAAUCCAUCAUAGUCAAGGAUGAUUGUCUUCCAAGAUUGUCUUAUCUGUGUGUCCAAAGAUGGCUGAUGAUGCCUAUCCAGGAUUGACACACUUUACUGCAGUUCAGAUAUAUCUUUCUGUGUAAGGUGGAUGAUGCUGAUUUUGUUUUUUAUUUAUUUCCAGGAAAACACUAACAUUGGUGUACCUCUCUUCCCAUUGGAAUAAGAGGAUCUUGUUCAGGCUUGAAGGGGUGCAGAGCAGAGCCCCAGUCCCACCUCUGCACCCCAGCUCAGGACCCAGCUCCGGGCCCUUACCAGCCCCCAAAACCCCCAGGAGCCCCCAUAGGUGGCUCUUUCGAG